AUGAGUUACAGUCUGGAUACAAUGCUCGGCAGCGGCUCUUACCGCAGGGUAUUGGGGGAGUCGCCCCGGCCCGUGUCCCGCUCGUCAGGCUCCUUAGUAAGUAGCGGCUUCCACUCGCAGAUAUGGUCCCGCAGCCCCAGCACAGUCACCGCGUACAAACGAGUCGCUCCGGGCCUUUCAGCCAGCUUCGGCUCUCAGGUCACCGUCUCCACCGAGAGCCUGGACUCCGGGCUCCUCAAUGGGGACAUCAGGUCCCGCAACGAGAAGGAGAUGCUGCAGACUCUGAACGAUCGCUUCGCUACUUACAUCGACAAAGUAAGGAACCUGGAGCUUCAGAACAAGAACCUGGAAGCGGAGGCGGCGUCCCUGAGGCAGCAGCAAGCCGGCAGGUCGGCAAUAGGAGAGCUGUAUGAGAGAGAAAUCAAAGAUCUACGCAAUGUGGUGGUGCAGAUCAGCAAUGACAAGGCACAGUUACAGCUGGAGCAGGAACAUCUGGAGGAGGAUAUCCAACACAUCAAACAAAGGUACGACGACGAGAACAGAAUAAGGGAAGAGAUUGACGUCGGUAUCAGAGCCCUGAGUAAGUAUACAGAGGAUGCGGGCUUGAUGAAGCUGGACCUGGAUAAGAAGCUGCACUUCCUCACGGACGAGGCUUCUUCUAUGAAGGCGAACCACGACGAGGAAGUUCGAGAUUUGCUGAAUCAAAUCCAGGGCUCUCAGGUAACUUUAGAAGUGAGGGAUUCUCUCAAGUCUGACAUUACGGCCGCCCUCCGAGAGAUCCGGGCGCAGAUGGAGGGUCACGCCAUCAAGACCACCAGCCAGACCGAGGAGGUGUUCAAAGUGAAGCUGGAAAAGCUGAACCAAGCCGCCAAGGUCAACACGGACGCCAUCCACGCAGCCCAGGACGAAAUCUUAGAAUAUCGUAGACAUCUGCAGUCCAAGAAUACCGAGCUGGAGACCUUGAAAGGCACCAAAGACUCACUGGCGAGGCAAAUGUUUGAGAUGGAGGACAGGCACAAUGCAGACCUUUCCAGCUACCAGGAAGCGGCUCAGCAACUUGAAAACGAUUUGAGAAACAUAAAAUGGGAAAUGGCUGCGCAACUCAGGGAAUACCAAGACUUACUCAAUGUUAAAAUGGCUUUGGAUAUUGAAAUCGCGGCUUACAGGAAACUCCUGGAGGGUGAAGAGUCAAGGUUUAUUGGGCCACCUUCUUAUCCUUAUAUAGAAGGCUACCCUAAAGUUCCUACACUACCAAACCAUAUUAAAGCCAAGCCUGAAGAAAAAGCCAAACCAGCUGACAAAGGAAAAGAUAUUGCAGAGGAAGAAAUGGAAGGAGGACAGGAAGAGGAGGAGGAAGCUGAAAAGGAAGAUGAAAAGGCAGAAACUGAAGAAGCAGCAGAGGGAGAGGCUGAAAAAGCAGAGAAGAGUGACCAAGAGGCUAAAUCUGAUGAAGAGGCUGUGAAAGAGGAAGACACAAAGACCAAAAAAGCUGAGGAAGAAGAUAAAGCAAAGCCACCUGUAGAUGAGAAAGCUGAAGAAAAAAUAGAAACAGAGGAAGAGGAUGUAAAAAAGGGGGAAAAGGAGCAACCAACAGAAAAGCAAGAAAAAGAAUCUGCCAAAGAUCAAAAGGAACUAGUGAGUGAGGCGGAUGAAAUAAAACCAGCUGAACCUACAACAAAAGAUAAGGAAGCAGAAGAGAAAGAAAAGACAGAAAAGGAGCCAGAAGCUAAAGAAGCAGAGAAAGGAGAAAAGAAAAAGGAGCCAGAGGAACCCUCUAAAGCAGAUGAAGAUGAAAAGGAAAAGGAAUCAAAAGCAAAACCCAAGGAUGAAGAAAAGAAGGAAGUAAAACCAGAGCCCAAAGCUGAAGAAAAGGAUGUAAAACCAAAGCCCAAAGCUGAAGAAAAGAAGGACAUAAAACCAGAGCCCAAAGCUGAAGAAAAGAAGGACGUAAAACCAGAGCCCAAAGCUGAAGAAAAGAAGGACGUAAAACCAGAGCCCAAAGCUGAAGAAAAGAAAGACGUAAAACCAGAGCCCAAAGCUGAAGAAAAGAAGGACGUAAAACCAGAACCCAAAGCUGAAGAAAAGGAGGAUGUAAAACCAGAGCCCAAAGCUGAAGAAAAGAAGGACGUAAAACCAGAACCCAAAGCUGAAGAAAAGAAGGAUGUAAAACCAGAGCCCAAAGCUGAAGAAAAGAAGGACGUAAAACCAGAACCCAAAGCUGAAGAAAAGAAGGACGUAAAACUAGAGCCCAAAGCUGAAGAAAAGAAGGACGUAAAACCAGAGCCCAAAGCUGAAGAAAAGAAGGACGUAAAACCAGAGCCUAAAGCUGAAGAAAAGAAGGACGUAAAACCAGAGCCCAAAGCUGAAGAAAAGAAGGACGUAAAACCAGAGCCCAAAGCUGAAGAAAAGAAGGACGUAAAACCAGAACCCAAAGCUGAAGAAAAGAAGGAUGUAAAACCAGAGCCCAAAGCUGAAGAAAAGAAGGACGUAAAACCAGAACCCAAAGCUGAAGAAAAAAAAGACAAAUCGCCGGAGCCCAAAGAUGAACCGAAAGAAAAGAAAGGCUCUUCUACACCAGAGCCUACACCUCAAGUGAAGAGCGAAAAAACAGAAGCAUCAAAAGAAGAAUCAAAGAAAAGUACAAAAGAAGAAUCAACCACACCAGGUCCCACAAUGAAAGUGAAGGAACCUGAAAAAACAGAAGUUAACGACAAAGUAACAGAUCAAAUUAAAGAAACAAAGGAUGAGGUAACAGUAACAGUGAAAAAAUCAGAAAUAAAGAAACCUGCCCCAGAUUCAACUAAAGAUCAAAAGGAAAAGGAAACAGAAAAAGAACAAAUUAGUAAGGAGUCUAUAAUGGCAAAGACACCUGAAGUUAAAGAAGAAACACAAGUUAAAGAUGACAAAGAGGGGAAAUCAGAGAAGUCUUCCAGUACUAAAGAAGAGGCAAAGACAACAGACAAAACUAAAAAAGCAGAGGAAUAAAAGGCAAAACGAAUGAUUUUGUGGGAAGAAAAAAAAAUCACCAAAGAAAUACUGGAUGAAGGAACAAAGUGAUUAAUGAAGAAAAACUGCCAUGAUAAUAUUGUACCUUGUUAUGACACAAGGGGCUGGUAAGCAAUAGGUGUUCACAAAAGAGGCAGACAAAUGCAUUAUGGUAAUUUAUAAUAGCAGAAUGUGAUGUAUGCAGAAUGCUUACACUUGAAGAGUGCGAAUCAUUAACCUGCCUCAGUAAUAAGUGCAUUUAAAAUGACUGACCAUAUGAGGUAUAUCACCUAAAGAUAAAGAGUAUUUGCUGACUUAUAUUAAUCAAAUAACACAUCAGUCAUGAAUUUAAAAUAAAAAGCCACAUCCUCAAUUUAAAAUGUGCACCAAAACAAAUACUGUCAAUUAUCACAAUGUGCAAUAUAUAAAUAAAGAGCUUAACAGAUAUGAUGUGCCUCUGAAGUAUGUAUCAAUACUAAUGCAAAUUGACAUGAUUAGAAUAUAUGUAUAAUGACAACACAAUAAAUGAUUGCAUUUUCUUUGAAUAAAAUGGCAAC